GCGCAAAGCAGCAAAGGCAACAGCUCGCGCAAGGCUGCAACCCAUGAACGGCACCUACGAGGGCAAUGGCCACCCUCACGGCCAGGAUGAAGGCUCUGAGAGCCAUCCCAUGCUCUCCUUGCCACCCCUGCGAACGUUCGACGCCUUUCCCAAAACGCUGCCAACUUACCGAUCAACUUCCUCACGCGGCGGCGUCUACACGGUCCUGCUUGCUGUAGCCAUACUCGUUCUUGUAUGGUACGAAGCCACAGAGUAUCUCUUUGGCGAGCCACUGUACGAGUUCAGCGUGGACAAAGGCAUUGGUAAGAUGCUUCAGAUCAACGUCGACAUGACCGUCGCCAUGCCCUGUCAUUACCUGACCGUCGACAUCAGAGACGCCGUGGGCGAUCGAUUACACGUCUCUGAUGAGUUUGUCAAAGACGGCACCACGUUUGAGAUCGGACAAGCGCAACGGCUAGUGACGAUGGCCUUCGAAAGUGAUCCAGAAGCUUACAAGGUUGUCCAAGAGGCGAGGCGGCCGAGGGCAUUUGAGCAGACAUAUCACAUCGUGGAGAAUGGUCCUGCAUGCAGGAUCUAUGGUACCAUGGCUGUCAAGAAAGUCACUGGCAAUCUUCAUAUUACAACGCUGGGGCAUGGCUACUUGAGCUGGGAACAUACAGAUCACAAGUUGAUGAAUCUCAGUCAUGUCAUACAUGAAUUCUCAUUUGGUCCCCUCUUCCCGGGCAUCUCCCAGCCACUCGACAACACACUCGAGGUGACAGAGUCCAGCUUCCACAUUUUUCAAUAUUUCAUGUCAAUCGUUUCGACAACCUAUGUCGAUCAUCACAGGAAUGUGCUCGAGACUGCGCAAUAUUCUGUUACGGACAUGUCAAGAGCGACUGUACAUGGCCGUGGUGUCCCUGGCAUCUUCCUCAAGUAUGACCCGGAGCCGAUGAUGCUCACUCUCCGCGAAAGAACAACUACGCUCGGUCAAUUCCUCAUUCGACUUGCUGGAAUCGUUGGUGGUGUCAUCGUAUGCAGCGGGUAUGCAUGGCGGAUAGGCAACAAGGCGGUAGCUCUGGCGAAAAAGACGGACGAUAUAAACGAUGGAGACGAAAAAAUCUCACUUACCGCAAAGCCGUUCGGCAUUGGAGCGAUCAACGAGCUACCAUUGAUGCAAAGCGGUGCCGUCAUACGACUCUGUAUCAUGUUGUGCGAACAGUCUUGCAUGCCAUCUUCACCGAUCAGACCGGCCUGGUCUCAUCCGUAUCCUCUCGCCAUCUCGGCCUACGUCUCAACCAGAUCGGAUGCCCGCGGUCUGAUCCAUAAGUCUCCGGCCUCAAGCUCCCUUGCCCUCGAUUGUGCAGAGCUCUCGACAGACACUGCCGAGAUCAGUACGGCCAUGUCACCUCGACCAUCUGACGCUUGCGAAAGCGAUGAAGAGCUGGGAAACGAAUGCGUUCCGCUCGAGAUCAUCGUCAAACGACGUCGUUCACCACGGCCAGAAUCUACCUCGAGCGAGCCCGUGUCCUCCGAUGGAUCUACACUGCCACCACGGUUGCCGUCCAUCAGAUCCCUUGACUGCAUCACACUAUCAGGAGAAGGCACGAGCGGCGAAUCUGACGGAUCGUUGCCGCAGUACUUCGAAGACACGCCACCGUUCUACGCAAUCAGCUCGACCGAACCCCCUCGCUCUGAUCACAUCAUUCGUCUCAUCAAAGAUCGCGUCGAUGCGGGCAUCAAUCAGCUUGGCCUGCGAUUCGAUGCCAAGGGCUAUACGUUGGCCAGCGAACAGCGGGAGCUCCUCGAGAAAAGGGCGCAUGUUGCGCAGUUAUGCAUCAGCACAAUGCCCGCCGAAGCAACGCUCAUCAAGAGCAGUGUCACAGCAGGCAGGCUACCGAGCAUGAAGGCGAGUGAUGGCUCUGCAGCAGACGCUGCGGAGCAUUUCCUUGCCGCUAGGAAAUGGGCGGACUGCAUCGCAGAGGAACACGUCCGUAGCAUGACAAAGUACAGCGAGGCACCCAAAUUGCCGGAGCUCGGGAUCUGCACAAGUACAAGCAAAAAGGGAUGGUUCAGUGUGAGCAUUGACACAUUUGCCUCGUUGUGGCGAUGA